CCGCGCACGCUGCCCCGCCCGCCGCCGCCGCCGCCGCCGCCGCCGCCGCCGCCGCCGCCGCCGCAGCCUCAGCAGCAGCAGCAGCAGCAGCAGCAGCAGCAACAUCCGCGUCGGCAGCAGCAUCACUGGGUGGCGGGUCCGAGGCCGGCGUGCACAGAGGCUGGGCUGGCAACCGGAGCUGCGCAGUCCCCCACCCCCACCCCCGUCAGCAGGUACCGCUGGAACCAACCACCAGUGAGAGGGUGAGUGGAAUCUGGCCAGUUGUGCUGCACUGAUCUGCUGAGCUGACAGGAAGAUGGUCAUGAUGCUGUGGUACGUGUUGCCUCUUCUCCUCUGCAGCCCCUGCCUGCUCAUACAGAUUCCUGAUGAAUAUAAAGGACACCAUGUACUGGAGCCACCUGUCAUCACAGAACAGUCUCCACGGCGCCUGGUUGUCUUCCCAACAGAUGACAUAAGCCUCAAAUGUGAAGCCAGAGGCAGACCCCAAGUGGAGUUCCGCUGGACGAAAGAUGGCAUCCACUUCAAACCUAAGGAAGAAUUGGGUGUAGUGGUACACGAGGCACCCUAUUCUGGCUCCUUCACCAUCGAAGGCAACAACAGCUUUGCCCAGAGGUUUCAGGGCAUCUAUCGCUGCUAUGCCAGCAAUAAUCUAGGAACUGCCAUGUCGCAUGAGAUCCAGCUCGUGGCUGAGGGUGCCCCCAAAUGGCCGAAGGAGACUGUAAAACCCGUGGAAGUGGAGGAAGGAGAAUCAGUAGUUCUACCUUGCAAUCCUCCACCCAGUGCAGCCCCACUUAGGAUCUACUGGAUGAACAGCAAGAUUUUGCACAUCAAACAAGAUGAGCGGGUGUCCAUGGGCCAGAACGGAGACCUAUAUUUUGCCAAUGUGCUUACCUCAGACAAUCAUUCAGACUACAUCUGCAAUGCCCACUUCCCUGGCACCCGGACCAUCAUUCAAAAGGAACCUAUUGACCUCCGGGUCAAGCCCACCAACAGCAUGAUUGACCGGAAGCCACGCCUGCUCUUCCCCACAAACUCCAGCAGUCACCUCGUGGCCUUGCAGGGCCAGUCAUUAAUCCUGGAGUGCAUUGCUGAGGGAUUCCCUACACCCACCAUCAAGUGGCUGCACCCCAGUGACCCUAUGCCAACAGACCGUGUUAUCUACCAGAACCAUAACAAGACACUGCAGCUCCUCAAUGUGGGCGAGGAAGAUGAUGGCGAGUAUACCUGCCUUGCUGAGAACUCACUGGGCAGUGCUCGGCAUGCCUACUAUGUCACUGUGGAAGCUGCCCCAUACUGGCUGCAGAAGCCCCAGAGUCAUUUGUAUGGGCCAGGAGAGACUGCCCGCCUAGACUGCCAAGUCCAGGGCAGGCCCCAACCAGAGGUCACCUGGAGAAUCAACGGAAUGUCUAUAGAGAAGGUGAACAAGGACCAGAAGUACCGGAUUGAGCAGGGGUCUUUGAUCCUGAGUAAUGUGCAACCAAGUGACACAAUGGUGACCCAGUGUGAAGCUCGCAACCAGCAUGGGCUCCUACUAGCCAAUGCCUAUAUCUAUGUUGUCCAGCUGCCAGCCAGGAUCCUAACAAAAGACAAUCAGACAUACAUGGCAGUAGAGGGCAGUACUGCUUACUUGCUGUGCAAAGCCUUUGGAGCUCCUGUUCCCAGUGUCCAGUGGCUGGAUGAGGAAGGAACCACAGUGCUUCAGGAUGAAAGAUUUUUCCCCUAUGCCAAUGGAACGCUGGGCAUCAGAGAUCUCCAGGCCAAUGACACUGGACGCUAUUUCUGCCAGGCUGCCAAUGACCAGAACAAUGUGACCAUUUUGGCUAACCUACAGGUUAAAGAAGCAACCCAGAUCACACAAGGACCCCGGAGCACAAUUGAGAAGAAAGGUGCAAGGGUGACAUUCACGUGCCAGGCCUCCUUUGACCCCUCUUUACAAGCCAGCAUCACUUGGCGUGGAGAUGGGAGAGACCUCCAGGAACGUGGAGACAGUGACAAGUAUUUCAUAGAAGAUGGGCAACUUGUCAUCCAGAGCCUGGACUACAGUGACCAGGGCAACUACAGUUGUGUGGCCAGCACUGAACUGGAUGAGGUGGAGAGCAGGGCACAACUCUUAGUGGUGGGAAGCCCUGGGCCAGUGCCUCACCUGGAGCUGUCCGACCGCCACUUGCUGAAGCAGAGCCAGGUGCACUUGUCUUGGAGCCCUGCUGAAGACCACAACUCUCCCAUUGAGAAAUAUGACAUUGAAUUUGAGGACAAGGAAAUGGCUCCUGAGAAAUGGUUCAGUCUAGGCAAGGUGCCAGGAAAUCAGACCUCUACUACCCUCAAGCUGUCCCCCUAUGUCCACUAUACCUUUCGGGUCACUGCCAUUAACAAAUAUGGUUCCGGAGAACCCAGCCCUGUCUCUGAGACUGUAGUCACACCUGAGGCAGCCCCAGAGAAGAACCCUGUGGAUGUGAGAGGGGAAGGAAAUGAGACCAACAAUAUGGUCAUCACAUGGAAGCCCCUUCGGUGGAUGGAUUGGAAUGCCCCCCAGAUUCAGUACCGUGUACAGUGGCGACCACUGGGCAAACAAGAGACCUGGAAGGAACAGACCGUGAGCGACCCCUUCCUGGUGGUGUCUAACACUUCCACAUUUGUGCCUUAUGAGAUCAAAGUCCAGGCAGUGAACAACCAGGGGAAGGGCCCUGAGCCCCAGGUCACCAUUGGCUAUUCAGGGGAAGACUACCCCCAGGUGAGCCCUGAGCUUGAAGACAUCACAAUCUUCAACUCAAGCACUGUGCUGGUCAGGUGGAGGCCUGUGGACUUGGCCCAGGUUAAGGGCCACCUCAGGGGAUACAAUGUAACGUACUGGUGGAAGGGCAGUCAGAGAAAGCACAGCAAGAGGCAUGUCCACAAAAGUCACAUGGUGGUACCUGCGAACACCACCAGUGCCAUCCUCAGUGGUUUGCGUCCUUACAGCUCUUAUCAUGUGGAGGUACAGGCCUUUAAUGGGCGGGGCUUAGGGCCUGCAAGUGAAUGGACCUUCAGCACCCCAGAGGGAGUGCCUGGCCACCCUGAGGCAUUACAUCUGGAGUGCCAGUCGGACACUAGCCUGCUACUGCACUGGCAGCCACCACUCAGCCACAAUGGAGUGCUCACUGGCUACCUGCUCUCUUACCAUCCCUUGGAUGGGGAAAGCAAAGAGCAGUUGUUCUUCAACCUUUCGGACCCAGAGCUCCGGACUCAUAAUCUCACCAACCUCAACCCUGAUCUACAGUACCGCUUCCAGCUUCAGGCCACCACCCAGCAGGGUCCUGGUGAGGCCAUUGUGCGUGAAGGAGGCACUAUGGCCCUAUUUGGCAAGCCAGAUUUUGGCAACAUUUCAGUCACAGCAGGUGAAAACUACAGUGUGGUCUCCUGGGUCCCUCGGGAGGGCCAGUGCAAUUUCAGGUUCCACAUCCUGUUCAAAGCCUUGCCAGAAGGGAAAGUGAGCCCUGAUCACCAGCCUCAGCCUCAAUAUGUGAGCUACAAUCAGAGCUCCUACACACAGUGGGACCUACAGCCUGACACCAAAUAUGAGAUCCACCUGAUGAGGGAGAAGGUCCUCUUGCACCAUCUGGCUGUGAAGACUAAUGGCACUGGCCCCGUGCGAGUUUCUACUACAGGUAGCUUUGCCUCCGAGGGCUGGUUCAUCGCCUUUGUCAGUGCUAUCAUUCUCUUGCUCCUCAUCCUGCUCAUCCUCUGCUUCAUCAAACGCAGCAAGGGCGGCAAAUAUUCAGUGAAGGACAAGGAGGACACUCAGGUAGAUUCCGAGGCCCGGCCCAUGAAAGACGAGACCUUCGGCGAGUACAGUGACAAUGAAGAGAAGGCCUUCGGCAGCAGCCAGCCAUCUCUCAAUGGAGACAUCAAACCCCUAGGCAGUGAUGACAGUCUGGCUGAUUAUGGGGGCAGUGUGGAUGUCCAGUUCAAUGAGGAUGGCUCUUUCAUCGGCCAAUACAGUGGCAAAAAAGAGAAGGAGGCAGCGGGAGGCAAUGACAGCUCAGGGGCUACCUCUCCUAUCAAUCCUGCAGUAGCCCUAGAAUAGCAAGGUCCAGUCAUGUGAGGCAGGACCAAGCUGGGCCCAGGGCCAGAGGUGCAGAAGAGCCAGGGGCCAAGACACCUGGCCAAUGCACCAUGCCAUUGGCCUGCUGACUUUGGGAUCGAGGUCCUUCCUUCUUUCCACAGAGCAUGGAAGACUUGACUGGAGCAGAGAGGAACUGUGACUUCGAGUCUCUUUCUUACCACCUGCUACCCUCUUUAUUGCCAAAACCCAGCUGCACCCUUUCCUGGGCAUACGCUGCUUUGCCCCGCUCAGGGCAGUUCACUCCCAUAUCAGGGAUCUUCAGGUGCUGCCUUGCCGACCCAUUUAGACAGAGAGGCCAUAGUUUGUGGGAGAAGACAAAGGAGAGUCCUCUGAGCCAUCUCUGAGAAGCUGUCCUCACUUUCUGACUGGAAACAGGCAUGGUGGGGUCUGUUCAGGACUAGCUUGGCACCUCUUCUUUCUCCCUGGCUAGCCUGACUGGAGACAGAACUCUGUCCCCACCAUCUGCUCCCUUUGCCAUUUUUGAUCCAAUCAGGAUGGGGACCUGAGCAAGCUGGCCGCCUGUGUAGAAGAGGCCAUCUGGAAAGCCCAGAGUCGUCCCCCACCCCCUUAGCACACUAGGUUUACACCCUCCUCCCAUUGCUAUUCCACCUUUCAGGACACACACACACACACACACACACACACACACACUUACUCAUAUUGCCUUCGAUACCCACCAGAGAACAUCGAAGUGGCUUCUCUCACUGCUGGAGAUAGGCAGACCUCUUCCUACUGGAAUUGGCUAGACUUUUCCCUGCUGCCACCAUACCCCAGGACCCCUUAGCAGCCCUGCCUGCCCCCAGUUCUUGUCCUCAGCCCCUUCCCCUGUUCCUCACGUUGGGAAUGUAAAUACACCGUGACUUUGAAAGUUUGUGCUGUUGCCCUUUCCCCAUAUGCCACUAGCUUGUAGGCAGAUGUCUGAGUCUCUAGGUGGUUUCCCCAUUUUAUAGCAGUUAGCUUUGAUGAUCUCACUCCAAGAAAAAUAAAAGCAGACACACACACAAAAAAGCAAAGAUUGGCUGUCCCAGCACUGCUGUGGUUCUGCUCAGCAGCUGUGCUCUUCCUGUAUGCCUUUGCUUGGUCUGUUGAUGAGCCCUCUACAAAAAACAAAUAUAUAUAUAUGUACAUAAUAUCAGAAUUAUAACAGGCAAAUAAAAACCUGGAAAUGAAAA